CCUGAAUAUGCAAUUCAGGCCUUUUGGCCCUUGAUAGAACUUUGACCUUUUGGAGGCAGGGUUGUCCGCAAGGGGAGGCCUAGCCCCCAGCUCUGUCUCUGAGCAGCUUAACUGGUUUGGACAGCCUAAUCGGCCCUGGAAGAUCAACUAGAAGCGCCUGGGGCUCUUUCCCUACAGCUUUGAGUCCCUGCGCACUGCCCUAAAGCCCCGCCUGCCCUUGGGGCGGCCUGCCUUUGGGGCUGCCCGCCCCUUCUGAUCCCCUUUGUGGGAGAGAGACCUGUCCAAGCAGAGCUGGGACUACAUCUCCCAGCGUGCCUGGCAGCGUGGUGGCCUCUGUGUGCCGGCCGCACCAGUUGCGGGCAACAAUGCAGCGGGCAGUGAGCAUGGUGGCCCGUCUGGGCUUGCGGCUGCAGGCGCUCCCAUCGGCCCUGGGCCGUCCGUUCAGUUGCGCACAGGACAUACUCCGCAGGACACCACUCUAUGACUUCCACCUGGCUCAUGGCGGGAAGAUGGUGGCAUUUGCAGGCUGGAGUCUGCCUGUGCAAUACCGGGACAGUCACGUUGACUCACACCUGCACACACGCCGGCAUUGCUCGCUCUUUGAUGUGUCCCACAUGCUGCAGACCAAGAUACUUGGUUGUGACCGAGUGAAGCUAAUGGAGAGUCUAGUGGUUGGAGAUAUUGCAGAGUUAAAGCCAAACCAGGGGACACUGUCGCUGUUUACCAAUGAGGCUGGAGGCAUUUUAGAUGACUUGAUUGUGACCAGCACCUCUGAGGGCUAUCUGUAUGUGGUGUCCAACGCUGGCUGCUGGGACAAGGACUUGGCUCUCAUGCAGGACAAGGUCAGGGAGUUUCAGAACGUGGGCAGGGACGUAAGCCUGGAGGUGGUGGAGAAUGCCUUACUAGCCCUGCAAGGCCCCACAGCGGCGCAGGUGUUGCAGGCCGGCAUAGCAGAGGACCUGAGGAAAUUGCCCUUCAUGACCAGUGCUGUGAUGGAGGUGUUUGGUGUGUCCGACUGCCGUGUAACCCGCUGCGGCUACACAGGAGAGGAUGGUGUGGAGAUCUCGGUGCCGGCAGUGGCGGCAGUCCGCCUGGCAACAGCUCUGCUGGAAAACCCAGAGGUGAAGCUGGCGGGACUGGCGGCCCGGGACAGCCUGCGCCUGGAGGCAGGCCUCUGCCUGUAUGGGAAUGACAUCGAUGACCACACCACGCCUGUGGAAGGCAGCCUCAGCUGGACAUUGGGGAAGCGCCGCCGAGCCACCAUGGACUUCCCUGGAGCCUCGGUCAUUGUUGCUCAGCUGAAGGGCAAGGUGCAGAGGAGACGUGUGGGGUUAAUGUGCGAGGGGGCACCAAUGCGGGCGCACAGCCCCAUCCUGAAUACGGAGGGCACUGUGAUUGGUACUGUGACCAGUGGCUGCCCCUCUCCCUGCCUGAAGAAGAAUGUGGCCAUGGGUUAUGUGCCCAGUGAGUAUAGCCGGCCAGGGACCCCGUUGCUGGUAGAGGUGCGGCGGAAGCAGCAAGUGGCCGUGGUCAGCAAGAUGCCCUUUGUGACCACAAAUUACUAUACCCUCAAGUGAAAGUGGCUUGGGGCAGGGCCUCUCCCAUCUAGGAGCCUGGACCUGGAGGACAUUCUGUAAGGGUUAGUCACAAAACUGAGGCUGAAUACACUGGGACGGAGGUUGAUUCUGGUUGUCUGGUUGAGGGGGGCCCAUCCCACCAAUCCUACCCCCUCAUGUGCCUCUCCAACUUCGAGACCCCAUUUCUGAGCAAGGGACCAGCUCAUGCAAUGUUAGCCUGUGCCCCCACCGACCCCAUUCUUGUCUGCCUCCCAGAGGGUUACGAGAAGCUUUCUGGCAUCUCUCCCUUCCACUCUGCCAGGUGCUGGCUGUGGAGCAGAGGCUGACAUUUAGGGAGGGGAUAGAGCCUGCCCAGCCUACCUCACCAUGGUUUCUCACGCUGCAGAGGGGUUAUUACAUUGGGUAGUGCCAGCCAUCUUCUUCAGUUUACUUUCCAUGAAUGCAAACCGCUGCCUCACCCUGGGUAGGAAUGAUUCCUGACUCACUGAGGGUUGGCCCUGUAGGGCUGCUGUGCCUGUGUAAACUCGGGGACAGCUGAGGAGGCACAGACUCACUCUUCCACAUUCCCGAGUUAGCCCAGCCUGCUGCCCAGUAGCAAACCAUGCCGGGCUCACCACCUGUCCUGAGCCCCAGGGCUGUUGUAGGACAGGCAGGGCCUCCUCCUAGACUUGACUUACCCUGGCUGACCUUUGCCCCCGGGGCCCAUUCUGGACUCUGCUGACUUCUAAAAAAAAAAAUAAAACAAAAACAACACAUUAAAUGAGCUUCCU